AUGGAAGCUGGAACCUAUGAUCGAAAGAAAGGUAAAACUGGUCUUGUUCUCUAUGAAGGAAAGGGCCUACCAAGACUCCCUGGUAAGAGACCCAACCCGCGAGCUCUUGCAGUCCGCUAUCGUCCAAUCUGUGGUGCCAUGAUCAAUUUGCAAAAGCUACAUCAAGGAAAGCUAUCGUUGCGUAAGGCUCAGAACACGAAAGAGAUGCUAGGAAAAGUAGCCAUCCUGAGUAAGGAGCUCACAUCUAUUGUCAAGACCUUGACUUACGAUGGCUCAGGCAAGACAAAUCUCAUCUUUGAUCUCAUCAAGCGCUCCCCAAAUGUUUAUACACAUUUACAUCUGAUUGUAAGGAACCCGGAUCAACCUCUAUAUCAGUAUCUCAAGGAUAAACUUGAAGGCUUUUGCACCAUUUACGGAGUAUCCCAAGUGUCGAUCAAACCAAAAAGAACGGAUUGCAAUUGGUGA